UUGAGUGUGUUGGAGGCGCUGCAGCUGGCGAAAGCGCUGGCGCGCAGUCCGCGGGUGCGGCAGGGCCGCGACCGCGCCACGCCAAGCACCACGAGCCCGAGGACACCCUGCGCCUCACGCACGAGCGGGUCAGUUGAGUGUGUUGGAGGCGCUGCAGCUGGCGGAAGCGCUGGCGCGCAGUCCGCGGGUGCGGCAGGGCCGCGACCGCGCCACGCCCAAGCACCACGAGCCCGAGGACACCCUGCGCCUCACACACGAGCAGGUCAGUUGAGUGUGUUGCCGGCGCUGCAGCUGGCGAAGCGCUGUGCACAGCCCGCGCGUGCGGCAGGGCCGCGACCGUGCCACGCCCAAGCACCACGAGCCCGAGGACACCCUGCGCCUCACGCACGAGCAGGUCAGUUGAGUGUGUUGGUAGCGCUGCAGCUGGCGGAGGCACUGGAGCGCAGCCCGCGCGUGCGGGAGGGCCGCGACCGCGCCACGUCCAAGCAACACGAGCCCGAGGACACCCUGCGCCUCACGCACGAGCGGGUCAGUUGA